AUGGCUUUAAUUGUGAUAGCAUCAAAGAUCUCCGAGCACAGCUUCUCAAGACUUUAUGAGUCAAGAAACCUAAACAAGAUCCAAAAAGAAGCCUGGUACAAUAGUCAUGUUUGGUCGCUUAUUGAUACCAUAUUCGAUGAUAUAAAAACGCUACAGGUUAUUCGCGGCGAAGCAGCAAAUGCUGCAAGUACUAGAAGAAAAAAUAUUGAUAGAGUAAUUGGAUCUAAAGAUAUUAUCGCAAGAGCUUUUACUGGUUAUAAAUGUGAUCUAAUUGUAAGAGAAGAAAAAGCCGAGCAUGAAUAUGCAGAUGAAUAUGGAGUUGGUGAAACUGCUGUACAUAACCUAAACACUAAGACAGUCGAAGAAAAGGGGAUAAAACUGCCAAAGGUGAUAAAAGAUAUGUUAGAUAAAUUGACUACAAGUAAUCAAAACGAGUCUAAAGGCCUCUCAGUAUUUGGAGUUCAAACUGCAGGUCUAUCUAUAACACUAUUAGCUGCUGACAGACCAACUCCUUACAUUACAAGAAUAAUAAAAAUCAAAGACCUGUCUAUAUCAAGCGACGAAUCCCACUUUACUAGAAGCAUUUUACCGUUGAUAGUUUUAAUAUGGCAAUUUAAACAGCAAAUAUUAAAAGUGAAAGAACAAGUAUUAUCCACUCAGAAACGUAAUUACCCAAAGGACACCAGCGAAUGGUUAAAUGCCUGUUUAAAUUAUGAUGAUGUAGCCGUUAUGCCUGUCACCUCGACUUCAACUGAAUACGUGAAUAAAAGAAGAAAGAAUUUGAAUGACAUCACUGGUAUAAAUGAGAGGCUGCCUGAACUAGAAGUGAAGAAACUUUUGGAUUUGAAGAGCUAUCAGGCAUAUCACCAGACACUGAAGAACAAUCAGUCAGAAGCAGAAGCUCAAGGCACUGUAGAAAUUGAGAAUGGCUUGAAGCAACGCAAGAAGAAAGCCCCAGCAAAGGUCCGAGGAGCGUAUAUAUCUUAUUCACCUGAACAAGCACAAGAGCUUCUUGGAAACGCUUGCCUGGCGGUACGAAGCAACGAACAUCUCAUCCUACAUGCCUAUUUAACUCUUGAGAAGCUGGAACCAAUUGUAUCUUCUAGAACGGCUCUUAGUAAUCUUAAGCCGCGUAGAAAUAAGUUUCUUGAGUGGAAAAAUGAUGAAAACAUGAACUGGCACGAAAACUUGCAUUUUCAUUGA